UUGGAUUCGAUGUUCGGAUCAAAACGAGGCAAAGAGAAGGAUCGAGAGAGUGUGAAGAGCCGAGGACGCGAUAAGGAUGGCGCACAUCGAGUGAACGAUAGCAGUAGUUAUUUUACGGUGAGAUUUUAG